UGUAACGCGGCAAUCUAUACGGACGACUCUGCUGAUGUGCUUUUGAAGGAAACCGGCGACCACAACCAUGAGCCAUGCCAUAAUCUUCACAGAGAGUUCAUAUCAAAUGCCGUUAAAAGGAAAGCUAGUGAAGUGUUAUUUGAACCUCCCAUGAAAGUGAUCAGAAGAGAAAUAUCUGCGGCACCCGAGGCUUUGAUGAAGAAGAUCGAGAGAAGCCUUCUUCCACCUCUUCCAAAGAACAUCGAUGACGUCCACGCUUCACUUAAUAGUAUGGAGAUCAAGACUACCCAGGGUGAGAACUUGUUACUAAUAAAUGACUGUACUGAGCAUAUUAUUGCAUUUGCUACGAACAGAAACGUAGAAUACUUAAAAACGGUUGACCACAUUUUUAUGGACGGAACAUUUAGCUAUGCACCUAAACAUUUUUACCAAAUGUUUACCAUCCACAGUGUUGAAAAUGGCAACUAUGUACCCUUGAUAUUUUGUCUACUUCCGGACAAAAAAGAGCUUACCUACAAAGCACUUUUCAAACUGUUGUGUGAAAAAUUUCAAGAACAGGGCUUUCUAUUUACUCCUAAGCAAAUCACCGUCGACUUCGAAGUGGCAAUACACACAGCUAUUAAAUUAACUUGGCCAACAGCUGUGCUCAUAGGGUGUAGGUUUCACCUAACGCAAGCCUGGUGGAGGAAAAUUCAACAACUUGGACUCAGCAAAGAAUACAGGAGUGAACCUCAAACGGAAAGUGGAAAAUGGCUGCAUUGGGUUUUUGGUCUAUCCAUGUUGGAUGCGACUGAAGUGGAGGCAGGAUUUGUUGAAGACCUCAUGUCGAUACAACCUCGGUUAGUUGAAGCUUUCUCGGACUAUCUCGUAGAAAAUUACAUCGACAGCGAGUCUACCUUCCCUCCAAGUAUCUGGGCAUCUUCGUCGGUGACAUCGGAGAGAACGACGAAUGCAUGUGAAUCGUUCCAUGCCAAGUUUUCACGAAACUUUACACACCCUCACCCGAACAUCUUCAUUUUUGUGGAGGCUAUCAAAGAGGUUCAAAUCGAUACCAGCAUAGGUAUAAGGAGCUCCAAAACGCCCAGAAAAAUUACGAACUACCAAUACAAGAAGCGUCUUCAAUACAUGGAGUCUCUGUGUCAAAGGUACAGAACUGGCGCAAUAUCAAGGUUACAUUUCAUUCAAUGUGCCUCCUACCAGUACAAGAACAACUAG